AUUCUCUAUGAAACCAAAUUUGCACGCUUGCAACAAUCUUAUCAGCUACCGCAGUAUGCAAGGCCACGUCAUCCAUGGAAUGGAAUCGAACAGUUAUGUCGAGAGUGAAGACUUGUUCAACACUGUUGAAGCUUAUUUAAAACACUUACCAUAGUGUUUAAAAUCAGAUGUACCAAUUCCAACAGUUCAGCUGCAGCUUUGUUGUUUUCCUGCUCGUCGGCUGGAUUAUUCAGGUAAAUCACAUCAAAUCUCAAAGGCCAUGGCGGAGAGUGAGAUUGAUCUGGAAUUUAAACGUGGUGAAUUAACUCGCAAACUGAGCGCUGGCGAGGAUGUUGUUAUUCAGAGCGAGCGCGCAGCGGUGCUCCGCAACGUGACGUGCCCCAAGGCGCAAUAUCAUUUUGUCGUGCUGCCCAAAGAGGAGAUCGCCAAUGUGCUAGCGCUGAAGCGCGAACAUCUGCCUCUGCUGGACCACAUGAUGGAUCUGGCGAAUGAUGUUAUUAAGCAGCAGCAACUGUCACCGAGUGAUUUUCGGAUUGGAUUUAAAAUUGAUUCGUUUAUGAAUCGCCUCAACAUGCAUGUCAUCUCGAAUGAUUUCUAUUCAAGCUCGAUGCGUCGCAUUCAGCACUGGAACACCUUCAACUCCGAUUUGUUUAUAACGUUUCAAGCUAUAUACGCGCUGCUUUGCGUGAAGGGCUCGGUUGAGCCGAUGCCCGCCGAGCAGGUGGAACAACUUCUCCAUGCCACGCCCGUACAUUGCAAUCAGUGCAGCUUUUAUACUGAGAACUUUGGCCAGCUCAAGCGCCAUUUGUACAUUCACUGGAGGGAACGAGAAAGUGAGCGUCUUUCGAAAAUGGGCGUGGCAAACUUAUCGCAACGGAUGGGGCAAAUGCAGAUAAAUGGAAAUGGGGGCACAAUGUCGCAGCGGCCAUUCAAUCCAUUUUAUCGUCAAAUACGGAUGCACAAUUAUCAGUUUGUGCCACGCUUUCAAGGAACGGUUCGACCACAACUUCGUCCGACCUACGAAAAUAGCAAUUGGAACAACAUUCGGCCUCACUACCAGCACCCAGCUCCACCGAGGCCCCCUUCAAAUGACCUGCAAAAGACGCAGCCCGAUGCUGCAUCCAAUCCAGCUCCUAGCAAAGGCGCCGAGCAACCAUUGCAUGCAAAACAUCCUAAAAAGAAAUGGUAUGUGAAUAAAAAGAAAAAUUCGCAUAGUUCCAGUAGUAAUCCCAAAGGUGAUGCCAAUACCAAACUCAUUUGAGCCGAGUCUUCGACAGAAACAAUUUGAUAUUGUCUUUUACUUCGAAUUGGCUUAAAACCAAAGUCAUACAAAUUGGCAAUGUUUUAUCUGUUAAUUUGUUAUUGCAGAUUUAAGUAGUAGGAAGUAUUUAUAUAAAAAUAUUCCAAGGACAUGCAUA